CUUCCAUUUCUCUCUCAGCUUUCUUCCUUCAAACUAAGUGUCCCUUUCUCUCUCUUUCAUCUCAACUCCAGAGGGUCAAAUAUUCUCAAAGGAGAGAAGAUUUGAACAGACUUUUGGGAAGAUAGAAAAUCACAAAAAACUCCGAGGUGGAAAGGGUUAUACAAGAAGAAUAAGCAUAUUUACUGGAUUUUUUUGGAUCUCUGGGACAGUGAAAAUGAUGAUGUUCGACGACAUCGGGUUCUGCAAUGAUCUCAAUUCGUUCUUGGCGCCACUCAAGGAGCCAGCCGGCGUGGUGGCCCCACGAGCAGAGCUGGAGGCGGAGCCUGCGGUUGUGGGGGAGGACGACGACAAGUACAACAGCGAUGAUGAGGUGGAUGAUGUGGAGGAGCUGGAGCGGAAGGUGUGGCGGGACAAGAUGAAGCUGAAACGGCUGAAAGAGAUGAGCAAGAACAGCAAGGAGGAGUGUUUGGAUGCCGCGAAGCAGCGGCAGUCUCAGGAGCAGGCGAGGAGGAAGAAGAUGUCCCGGGCGCAGGACGGGAUCCUCAAGUACAUGUUGAAGAUGAUGGAGGUGUGUAAAGCACAGGGGUUCGUUUACGGGAUCAUCCCGGAGAAAGGGAAACCCGUCAGCGGGGCGUCCGACAAUCUCCGGGAGUGGUGGAAGGAUCGGGUGAGGUUCGACCGCAACGGGCCUGCUGCGAUUGCCAAACACCGGCGCGAGAAUGCGGGGAGCAAUGAGACGGCCGACCCGGCGGCGGGGCCCACCCCGCCGCACACCUUACAGGAGCUCCAGGACACCACCCUCGGCUCGUUGCUCUCGGCAUUGAUGCAGCAUUGUGACCCCCCUCAGAGGCGGUUCCCCUUGGAGAAAGGGGUCCCGCCACCGUGGUGGCCCACAGGGGAUGAGGAGUGGUGGCAUCAGUUGGGGAUCCCGAUGGAGCAACGUGGUCCCCCGCCUUACAAGAAGCCGCACGAUCUCAAGAAGGCGUGGAAGGUCGGCGUCUUAACCGCCGUGAUCAAACACAUGUCCCCUGACAUCACGAAGAUCCGGAAACUAGUGAGGCAGUCCAAGUGCUUGCAAGACAAGAUGACGGCCAAGGAGAGCGUCACUUGGCUCGCCAUCAUCAACCAAGAAGAAGCUCUGGCUCGGGAACUUUACCCCGACAAAUGCCCGCUCAUACCCUCCUCUAGCGGAAUAUCCUUCUCCUCUUUAAACGACGACAACGGGGAGUACGAGGUUGACGACAGUGGGCCCAAUGGAGAUUGUUCGGUGGGAUUUUCGAUGAAAUAUGAAAUGACUUCGGCGCGGGUAUGGCCGACCGAGAACUCAAUCCUGCCUCCGCCACUGGGCGGGCCCGAUGAUUUUGAUGCCCGAGAACAAAAGCCAAGUCACGCGAAUCUGCUUAUUAUGGCACCCCGGCCUCCUCCCACAACUUUGGAUUUUAGUAUGAGGAAGAGGGGGCCGGAGAACGAAACGCCGGUCUUCUUGGAUCACAAGAAGGUCUACACUUGUGAGUUCCUUCACUGUCCUUACAGCGAGCCCCGCCUCGGGUUCGAGGACCGUUUGGCUAGGGACAAUCACCAGUUAAACUGCCCGUACGCUGCCCGCUUCAGGAAUUUCCACAUCAACCAAAUGGGGCCUCCGCCUUCACCCGCUCCUAUCGUCUUCUCGCAACCUCCCGUCAAUCCGAACCCUCCUUCGUUCAAUCUCCGGGUCCCAGAAGAAGGACAGAGAACGAUCAACGAUCUCAUGUCUUUCUACGACACAAACAUUCACGGGAACAUCUUCGAAGACAGUAACAACAACAACAACAACAACAACAACAACAUAAGUUCUUCUCCCCGUCCCAUGUUCACACCGUUCAUGUUCGGGCCUUCGUUCGACAAUCUCCCGUCCUCGGAUUACACUCAAGGAAGUACACUCGGUGUGGGGCCCGAGCCAGAGAAAGGCGUUCACGUUCCCCAUUGGUACUAGCAAUUCAAGAAGUUUCGUGACGUUGGCCUGCCUCAUUGAGGUGAAUUAACGUUACGCUACAAAUCAUUUUACUACUUCCUUAACCACACACACACACACACACACACAUAUAUAGUUAUAGAAUUAUCCAAUGGUUCACGCCAUGCUCGAUCGAGGGAUUUUCUGCAUCGAAGAACCUGUAGAUGUUUAAUAAGUUCUCGUUUCGGUUUACGUUUCGGUUUUCACAUAUAUAUAUAUUAUAAAGAUGUGUUAUAUAUCUAUUAAGGCAAGGGGCAUUGCAACAUAUGGUAUCUAUUUUGUGUCUGUUGUUUGGGUUCACUUUAUAUUUUUGACACUUUGGUGCCUAAAAGCUAGAACCAUGCCUUUGUUAUGUAUUGUACAUUUUAUUUUCCAGGCCUUGUUUGGUUCUUGAAUAUAUAUAUAUUUGUCUCUCUCUCCCUUUGUGUCUCUGAUUUCUCUUUUCUGCAAUAAGGUUUGUUUAUUGCU